AUGUCACGGAGGACGCUGGGCGGAGGUCGUGUUCUGGGCAACCCGAGCGCUCUCGCAUCAGCUCCGUCCCCGCAGCCGAGGGUGCUCUCGCCGGCUGCCAGCAGCGUUUCCCUUAGUUCACAGACUUCCAUAUCACAGUUAUCCUCGGAGACUCAAGAUCUCACUUCUCGCAUUUCUAUAGAGAAUGGUGAUACUUCCAUAUCUGCGGCGCCGGCUGCUCCGGGGGCCCAGCUCUCCUGUCCGAUCUGCAGUGAGGAGAUGAUGACUUUGCUUCAGUUGAAUCGACAUCUCGACGAUAUGCAUCAGAAUUUGGAAGACGACCGGCAAGAUGAAGUCAAAGAUUGGUUCAAGGUCCAAAUGGAAAAGGCGAGGAAGUUCCAACCUCUUGCGGUUCUAAACCAGAAGUUAAAGGGUCUGGAUGUGUUCGAAUCAAAUGAGAACCAGGGCGCGCCUCUUCACAUUCGCCCGCUUGCAGUCCACCAAGGAACCCCCGAACCUCCGAGGCCACUGGAUCCAGAAGAUCUCAUUACAAAGGAUCACUGGCAAAAGAGUUAUGUUUAUGAUGAAUGUUUGGAGCCCUCCUGCGGGAAGCGAUUGAAUGCCACCAACGGUUGCGUGAACUGCCGGAGCUGUGGGAAACUCUUUUGCGAGGAACACACCAUGUACCAAAUGAAGCUCUCGCGGGCGGCGCAACAUGAACCCGUACGAGGCAUAUGGGCCCGAGUGUGCGAAACUUGCUACAAGUCAAGGGAGGGAUACAAUGAUCACAAUGGAACUAUCCGGAACCAAACUGAUGCAUUUAAAUCAAUACGAAAACAAACUGUUGACAAGGACUUUCUGGAGAUCUCUCGACUCGAGAAACGACUGACUCGUCUUACCCAGCUGUUGGCCAAUCUGCCACCUGACCAAAUACACCCUAGUGCAACCAAACUAUGGUCUCUUGCGUGGCAGAGCGACCAACGUAAAGAAUUGGAACAAACGAUUGUCAGUUGGCAAGAUGAUGCCAGUGUUUCACGGUGUCCGUUUUGCCAACAGGACUUCUCGGGCUAUACAUUCCGCCGGCACCAUUGCAGGACUUGUGGACGAGUCGUUUGCGGUGAUCCUAAUACAGCGUGCUCCAGUGAGGUCGGGCUAAGCAUUGCUCCUUUUUCCCCAGCCAACGCCGAGAAAUCCAACUCCGAUAACCUUGUCAAUGUUGAUAUAAGAUUAUGCAAAGAAUGCAAAGCCACACUGUUCGAUCGACGUGAUUUCAAGAUGGAUGCUACCAAAAAGCCAGCAGAGAUCAGGGCUUACGAGAACUUGACCCAGUUUGAAAGGGGCAUUCGUCUCCAUUUGCCUCGAUUCCAAAAAUUAUUGACCGCUCUACAAGAUCCGAGGCGACCUCCUUCAUCCGCCCAAAUCGCCGAUGCUUCCAAAGUUCGCAAACGACUCAUUGAUUCCUUUGCACAGUAUGACGUUGCCGCUAGAAGAAUUCGCGACAUGCCCACCGAAUCCCCUACACAACAAAGGCUGCAGAAAGCUAUAUAUCAACAAGCCAGCAAUUUCCUCCACCUGCACAUGCUACCUUUGAAGACCCUUCCCAAAAUCCUCAAACACUCAACCCCCGCAUCGGACAGAAUUCCUAGCCGGACAAGCUCCCCGCAAACCCCAGUCAAUGGCUCAACGUCAACUCUUCGAUCUCCAGAACCCGCUCUCUCGGCCAUCAAAUACAAUAGCAUCGCUGCCAGCGGUAGUAACACCAGCCUAACGAGCGACACCAGCAGCGCAGUCUCAGCCCUGGAGGCAGAAGAGAAAUCCCUUAGAGACCGCCUGAUUGUACUAGAAGAGCAAAAAUUCUUCGUCUCGGAGAUGAUCGCCGACGCCAAUCGACGCCGCAAAUUCGACGAAGUAAGCAGUCUGGCAAUGAACGUUGAGGAUUUAAGUCGCGAAAUCGAUCGCGUCAGCGGUAUGCUUGCGGGUCUUGACUUUGAGGGCGCGUAUACAGGCAAUCUGCAGCAAACUACUUGA